UUCCCGUUGGGCCUCUUCUUUUCCGCCCCCGGGGAUCUGGGUCGUGCAGUCUGUCCUCCCGGCACCCCCUGGCAUUCCCAGCCCGGCCCCAAUCUGGCACACAGCCUCACACCCUCUGACCCCGCGUUGCACAAUGCCAGAACAAAGUGUGCAAGGGUGUGCACCCCGGUGCCCCUGCCCCUGGGCGGGGACGCUCGGCGGCAGAUCGAGCAGCCCAGGCGGCGAGCGCACGGUCCUGCCGAGGCCCUCGGAUCCCGGUCCUGCGAGCACCCCCCGCGCCAGCCCACCCGCCCCGGGAGCCGCCGCCGCCGCCCCGCAGCGCCCCCUCGCAGGCCUGAGCGAUGGCGGAAGUCCACAGACGUCAGCGUGCCCGGGGUGCGGGACAAGCCCCCGCCGAGCCGUCGGCGCGCAGACAUGAGGAGGAGCUGGGCAUGGCGCCGGCCGAAACGCUGACGGUCUUCCUCAAGCUGCUGGCCGCCGGCUUCUACGGCGUGAGCUCCUUCCUCAUCGUGGUGGUCAACAAGAGCGUGCUCACCAGCUACAGAUUUCCUUCCUCACUAUGUGUUGGACUUGGCCAGAUGGUGGCUACAGUGGCAGUUCUCUGGGUGGGAAAGGCACUCAGAGUAGUCAAGUUUCCUGAUCUUGACAGAAAUGUACCUCGAAAGACGUUCCCACUACCUCUACUAUAUUUUGGGAACCAAAUCACAGGACUGUUCAGCACAAAGAAACUCAACUUGCCUAUGUUUACAGUUCUGCGAAGGUUCUCUAUCCUGUUUACAAUGUUUGCUGAAGGAGUUUUACUCAAGAAGAAUUUUUCUUGGGGUAUCAAGAUGACUGUAUUUGCAAUGAUUAUUGGAGCCUUUGUAGCUGCCAGCUCUGACUUGGCAUUUGACCUGGAAGGAUAUGUUUUUAUUCUGAUAAAUGAUGCCCUGACAGCAGCGAAUGGUGCAUACGUGAAACAGAAAUUAGAUUCAAAAGAGCUGGGGAAAUACGGUCUGCUCUACUACAAUGCGCUGUUCAUGAUCCUGCCUACGUUGGCCAUUGCAUAUUUCACCGGGGAUGCACAAAAGGCGAUGGAUUUUGAAGGCUGGGCCGAUACCCUCUUUCUUCUUCAGUUCACCCUUUCCUGUGUGAUGGGGUUUAUUCUGAUGUACGCCACAGUGCUCUGCACUCAGUAUAAUUCCGCUCUUACAACUACAAUAGUUGGCUGUAUUAAGAAUAUAUUAAUAACUUAUAUUGGGAUGUUCUUUGGUGGAGAUUAUAUUUUCACAUGGACAAACUUCAUUGGUUUAAAUAUCAGUAUUGCUGGGAGCCUGGUGUAUUCCUACAUCACGUUCUCUGAAGAACAGCUGAGCAAACAGUCAGAGCCCAGCAACAAGCUGGAUAUCAAAGGAAAAGGAGCGGUGUGACAGAGGAUCGCUUCAGACAAGUUUCAGACCAGAUCGGAGCACUGGCGAUGGUCACAGAUUUUGGAAGAAAUGCCUUUCCUUUGCACUUGUACAAUCUGCGGAUUGAUUGCUGCCUUUUAAAAUUCUAUGAGGAGAGAAACUUCUAAUCGACUCUAUUUUAAAUGUACUGUUUGAAUUAAUUUAUAGCCGCCUAGAAUGUGUGCUGGCGUUUUUAAUUUAUUUUUCUUACUAUGCCGACAGUGAAACAUCAGUGUUUUUUA